AUGGCACAAGGCAGUGGGUACCUCAAGAAGGGGAAGAAGGGCGUCAAGAACAGCGGCUCGAAGCCGUCCAAGAAGGCCGUGAGCUACUCGCACAAGAAGUCGGCCGCUAAGUUCACCAAGAAAGGAAACCCAACGACAGAGAUCCGUCGAGGCUGCAGCGGCAUGAAGAAUCACGGCAGCAAAGCCGUGACGGGCUUCAUCAAUCAGAACCUGGAAAACAUCAUGGCCAGCCGCGUGCUGCAGGCCGGGACGCAAUUGGCUCUGGCCGACGUCAAGGCCCACGGGAAGGAGCGUCUCAAGGAGAUCAAUCAGCACGCGCGCACGAAGAAGAAAAGUCGCGUGGCACAAAAGCUGGCAGCACUCGAGCGGUCGAUCCAUAGCCAGGAGGAAGGCAGCACGAAGCGGAAACGCCCGACCGCGGCGGCCGUCGUGUCGCACCCGUCAACAUAA